AUGGAGAAUAGUUCAAAUCGCAUUGUUGCGAUGCGCUUAUAUGCAAACUGGGAAACUGAUCGAGCAACGGCCAAUGCUGUUCAAAGGAUAUUUACAAUGGCUUUAUCGCGUCUUACACUGGCUUCUUUCCCUGAAAAUAGUUGCUCUUUGGUUGUCACAGUAAAAUUGCUGGUAAUUCUUGCCUCAUUUCUUUUUCAUAAUCUGAUUUUGAUUCAGGGAUGUAAAAGAAAUCUAAGAAGUAACGAUUUCACAGUUUUAGCAAGUGACGGAGUAGUGGACGUCAAUCUCAAUAUCUCAUUCACCAUUCAGUAUCGGCAUUUUCUCAAACGCAAGGCAAAUAUCCUUCAAGUUUUAUUGCAACGAAGAAAACGGUAUAAAAAUCGUCACAUCCCUGGAUAUAAAACUCUGGCAGUAGGAUCUAUCAACUUAGCAGAAGUACUUCAAAGUGGAAGCUUGCGCGAAAUCUCUCUUUUUAGUACAUUUUGUGAGAAAGAUGAUAGCCAAACAAUUAAUGCAUGUAAAGGGAAAUUAUAUUUCACAUCAUGUCAGAGUCAGGCAUUUGAAGCCGAAAAUGAAUUGAACGUGCAGAGAAUAAAGGAAAAAGAAUUAGAAAGUGAAGAAGACGAUUAUUCAUCAACUGAUGGGCAAUUAUCGGACAAUGAACAUGAAAUCUCCGAAAUUACUCGUUCUGAUACAAAACAACGAUUAAAAAUUAGAGAAACACGUCAACAAAAAAUUGCACAAAGAAAAAAUAUUAAACAAAAACUUGUUUCAUUGCUAAAAAAGUUCAAGAUUCCAGAAGAUGGAGCUGGUGUUGCCUCUCAGUCAGGUGUUACCGCACCAACAGCUCAGGAACUUGAAGAAUUUAUUGAAGAGCUCGACAAUUUGUCUGAUUCGGGCCCCGAAAUGCUUAUGGAUAAUUUAAGUAUUAUCAGCAAUCCACGCCCAGGACUUCAGCCAUAUUUCACUACGUCCCGUGAAAUUCUUCCGACUAUAGCUGAUGACCAUGAUCCAUCAGAAGAUAGCGAAGAAGAAUGGAGUUCUGAUGCAGAGAACAACAAGGAAGAAAUCAUAAGUUCGAGCAACAAAAGGUGCAAUGUAGCUGGAAUUAAUUCUUUUGCAAUGACUGGCUCAGUUAGCACUCUUUCACCUAAAUCUUCUGAUGUAUUUGCAAAAGCACGGCCUUCUUUGAGCGACACCAGAGUAUUCCGAAUAGAGACGAAGAGUGCAAAACCGAGUUCCGUAUCAAAGUGGAUUUCCGCUUAUUUGCGAGAUGAUCCGUGGAAUUUAUCUGAACGAAUUUGGAUUUGUUCUUUCAAUGAAAUGCCAAUCUUAUCUUUAUUAGAUUCUACUCUUCAUAUUCUUGAUUGUGCAUAUUUUAAUGAUUGUCGAUUAUUGAUCUCUUCGAUCGUUGCAAAAAUUCAAAAAUUUUGUAAUACAUCAUCCACUUCUCCGCCGUGUACAGUGAUUGGUAUUGUUGGUUACGAAAAAUUGAUUAAUAACGUUCUAAGGGCAUAUGUGGAGACUCUCCAAAACAAGUCUACGGAUUGGAUGAAUUUUUUAAGGUUCUGUGUAAUUGCUCCUCCAUGGAGUACAGUUGGUAAACUGUUGUCAUCACUUGAUAGUCGCCAGAAUUUAUUAAAACAGAUUUUUGACCGUCCCGUCACCGACGUUUCAUCUAAUGAAUUGAAAGCUAUCGCUACCAAAUUUCAAUCACUUGCAGAAGGCGCAACUCAUGAAAUGCCAAUUGGUGAAGCAAUGUUGCAACUGCAUGGAAAGCAGUCAACAAAUGAUGAAAAGGAUACCCAUCAACUUUUUAUCCCUUUUUUAUCCGAAAUUCGCAUCGGACAGUUUGAUGAUGAUGUGGACUUAUUAAUAUCUUCGCCGCGAAGCGUCGACGAUUCUCUCCAAGGAAAUGCUGCUUCUGGACAUUCACCACCAGGUUCACCACAUUAUUUGCAGAAAAGUGAUUCUCAAGAUCUUCAGAUUGAAUAUUGGGUUAUACAGAUGGCAGAAACAUCUCUGAGUCAAAGCUCUACAAAUGCCACGAUGCAGAUAAAACGAGAUUUAGAAGCAGUUAAAUAUUCAGUUCGAUCAACUUUUCGUUCUUUAACUAUUUCAUGUAAACCAAACACACCUCUUCUAUGCUUACAGUUUAUUAAGGAGAAAAGAAAGGACAAAAUGUUACAGAAAUUAGGGAUGAAAAAGGGCCAGAGGAAUGAUUCGGAAAUGCAAAAUACAAGUCAGUUGAUUACUAAUGUUACUAGAGCUAUUUGUAGCGGAAAACAUCCUCUUAAAGUUUGGGUCGAUGGUUGUCCGUGGAAUGAAGUCCGAUUUUUUCAAGCAUCCGGACAAUGGCAGACUCAUGUAAAAUAUUUUCCAAUUUGUUUGCUUGCCAGUGAUAUAACGAACUGA